UGUUUUGUUCAACGCCAUAAAGGCCUACAGGACUCAGCUUAGCGUGGCGUGCCCGGCCGAACGGCAGCCCCAGUUGCCCUUUGCGCAGUGCAUAAAUUAAUGGUUCUGUUUGUAGCAGCGACGAGUGCUGGCGGAGCACAAUGCUGAUGACAUUCGGAGUUGUUGCAAACCUUGGUGAAUAGGACCGAAGAAUACGAGAAAGAUAAACAAGUUGCACGUGAGAAACGCGGCUAGUGAAGAGUGCAAGGUUACAUCCCGUGUACUACCCUAGUUUAGCCGGUGAAAUGGCCGCCCCUCCCCCAUUGAAACCAGUCGUUUACGACCAUGACAGGUGGGGCUGGGUCAUGGUAGCGGUGGCCUUUCUCAGCACCUUCAUGAUCAUGGGCAACAUCAAGGGAUUGGGCGUGCUCCUCAUUCCAAUCACCAGCGACCUGGACGCUGAUCUCUGGCUGGUCGGUUGGAUAGCUGUCAUGUACGGCCUGAUGCAAAACUGUUUGGGGCCUAUCGUUGGAGCACUGUGUCGUCUGUUGGGCAGCCGGCGGAUGAUGGUGUUAGGUGCAGUUCUGAAUACGCUGGGCAUAUUACUGACGGCGUUUUCGCCCAGCGUUUUGCCAAUCGUCAUUUUUAUUGCUGGACUCUCGGGUCUCGGGUCUGCCCUACUUUUGUUCAUCGGGAUGGCAGUAAUGGCGACAUACUUCAAGGAGAAAUAUGCACUGGCUAUCGGUAUAUCAAUGAUGGGCCUUCCCCUUGGCAUGAUGGCGUACGGGCCACUUACACAGGUGCUUCUGGACACCUAUGGCUGGAGGGGAACCGUGCUCUUACUGGGAGCUAUCUCGUUUCAUCUGGUUGCCUGUAGCAUGUUGGUGCAGCGGGAUCUGUCCGCCUCUUCAGCUAAUAAUGAUCAAUACCAAGAGGUAUCGGUGAGAGAUGAGGACGAGGACGAGGAAACACAAGUAGAUGAAUCGGAGAGCUGUGCUGUUGAUGCAACUAAUACGGCGGAGCAGGGAAGUCACUCCAAUCCUGACCUUCGGAAGAGCAAGGCGAGGAUUUGUUAUGAAAGCAUCAUGGCCGCUAUGGAUUUCGCCGUGCUGAAGGAUGUGAGGUUUAUAUUGCUUGUAUCUGGGAGGUGCACUGCCGCGUUUGCCUUCAGCGGCUUCGUUGUGUUCAUGGUGUCCCACGGUCAACUUCAAGGGCUGAGCAAAAUCCAGGCGUCAAUUCUUCCCACUUCGUUCGGGGUGGGUAACGUCAUCGGGAAGACUCUGGCGCCACUCUUGCAGCAAGUCGGCGUGAAGCCGUCCAUGACUGCGUGGGCUUGUUUCGGGACAGUGCUCGUGAGCGCGUCGUUUGCUGCGGAAGCCUUCGUCAGACCUUUUGCAGGCCAGAUGAUUUUUUCGGGUCUGAUGGGGCUGGGCUUCGCUUUGGAGUACCAGGCGGUGGACGUCAUGGUGCGGUUCCUGGUCAAUGACGACCGGUUGGUGAGUGUGCUGGGCUGGCAGGGAGUGUUCUCUGGUGCUGCUGGAACGAUUGGCGGACUGAUGCCAGGUUGGAUUUAUGAGUGGACUGGGAGUUUCAGCAUAGCAUUCUGCGUGUAUGGUGGAGUGACGUUACUGUCCAUUCCGUUGUUCCUCUGCGAAGCUGUGUACGCCAAACGGAUGAGGGCGCACUAAAACUUUAUUCUCACUAUCAAAUCAACUUGUAUUCCAGAAAAUAACAUCAAAACGAAAACCAAGUCGAGCACAGCUCUUGUUCAUGUGUCUCUUUUCUUACUGUUUAUUGUUGUUGAUUUAUGAACCAUAAAAGUCACGAUAGAAGGCAACUCCUUUAUUUUACGUGGACUUCUAGUACUCGAUUGGCCGGUGUGGAAGUAAAUUCUGUCCCCCAGGAUAUAGUCCCGCAGAUUUCCCUGGUUUUGCCAGGAUCAGUGUCUCCCCCUGACAGUUUCUCCUAGAAAAUAGUGUCGCCCUCCAGGAUAAUAUGUCCCUACUUCAACAGAGAAUUUGUCUCCUGGAGUUGUGUCCACAUGCACGAAACGUUAAAUUUCAAGUCUGGAACCCAGACACGGGGUCCUUUUUAGUCAAUUGAAUUAAAGCCCAAAAUAAAUGAGGUCAUGAUUCGCCUUGUCAAAAACCUUCAUCGUGAGCAACGUAACUGACGUUUGGACAAAUACCAACCGGAAGUAUUUUUCAGAAUGAUUUUUUUUCGCGGGAUAAUGUGUUGUACACUGUCAACUUUGACCAUCACAGUCAACGUCCACAACAAUGCUUAAAGCUAAGUCCAUCAUUUGCAGCUAUCCAAAACGUAACUGACGUAAUUACUGUCGAAAAACAUAGUUGGUUGAAAGAUAGUAAGGGAACUUUUGAUUUGAAAUCGAUAUCGGCCAAAAUUUCAUCCGAAUUUCACAGGAACACCAGCUCAGUCCUGUUCACGGCUUCCAACCUUUUGCUUUACAAUCCCUCAAGUUCAUGGCCCACAAAAUGCUCAAAUACAUGUAGAAGAAAAUUUGGCAAUGUGGGGCAAUUUACUGGCCUGCACCAAUAGGCCAUUUAGGCCCAUUCUUGGGGGGAUGAAUGAGGGCGUUAUAACGGGCUCAUUACGUUUAUUGAAGCAGUUUAGUAACUUAAA